GCGCGACGGAGCAGGGGGCUCCCUGCAACAAAGGCCUCCCAGGCAGGUCCUCUGAGCCCCAGCUGCAGGACGGUGGAUCCCCAGCGAGGCCACAGGCAGGAUGGCUGGUGCUGAGAAGAGCCUGCAGUGACUCUGGGGUCCCCAGCAGCAGCUCUGUCUCCUGAAGAUGAAGCGGCGGAGGUGAAGCCCGAGCCAGGCUGAUGGCCAGCUCGGGGACUGAGGUCCACUGGGCCGGGCCAGGCCUAGGGAAGGGGCCCCAGCAGCGGCGGCGCUGGGCCUGGGUUGAGGAAAAGGAUGCAGAGAGGAUCAACACUCGCGGCUGGGGGGACGGGCAGCCCUUCCCCAGUGCCGCCAGCCCCGAGCUCCUGGAGGACUUCCGCCUGGCCCAGCAGCAYCUGCCACCCCUGGAGUGGGCCCCAGACCCGCAGGAGUCAGGAGGGUCUUCAGGAGAAGAGCCUGAAGCAGAGGUCGUGGACAGCCCAGAAAGUUCCACCCUGCCUCUCCACUGGCCCCCCCAGCAGGACUGUCAGUUGAAUGUGACCGAAGAAGAGUCAGAGGAAGUCCCUGGGGGUCCUGAAGCCGAGGACCCUGGGGAGAGCUCCCCGCGGCCGGGGCAGGAGGCCGCUCUCAGCUCAGAGCACCGCGGGAACACCUGCACUGUGGCCCAGGGACAGGCUCAGGCCCGAGGCUGGGUGGCCUCUGGCCAACAAGCCAGUGGAAGCCAACUUCCAGAACAUUCUGAGGUCAGCCCAUCUGUUGAACUCGGCUCUGCCAGGUCUUGGAGCAGUGGCACCGUGAGCCUGGGCCGCAGCAGUGACAGCCUUAAUUCUUCCUGGGAGAGAGAGACGGAUGUCCCCCAGCCCACGGCCCUGGCAGAAAACCUGCCACAGAGCCCCUGCCACCACCUCAGCCCAGAUGACAGAACUGGAGGCAGUGUUGCUCCGGCAACGCCCACAGAAUUCCAGGACCCCUUAGCACCACCAGCCCAGAGCCCCCAGAACGCUGCAGGCACAUGGAAAAGAGCUACCACCAGCCUGUCACGGCCUGCCGACCAGGCCUGGAAGCAGACGAAGACAUCACCUAAGCCAUUGCCCUCCCGAUUCACUGGCUCCGUCAGCCCCCAGAAUCCCCGGCCUAGGCCAGCUCAGAAGGACAGGUCUCUGCCCAGGCACGGAGCCACUCUGGCCAACCACUCCUCUUCUGAUGCCCCCAAGUAUGGCCGGGGGCGUCUGAACCACCCGCUCCCUGAUUUCUCCAAGGUGGGGCCGCGAGUGAGGUUUCCCAAAGAUGAGAGCUACCGCCCCCCCAAGUCCCGAAGCCAUAACAGGCAGCCUCAGGGCCCCACUGGGCCCCUGAUCUUCAAGUCACCAGCCGAGAUCGUACAGGAGGUGCUGCUGAGCAGUGGAGAAGCAUCCCUGGCCAAGGACCCACCUCCUGCCCACCCCAUCUCCAGGGUACCCCAGGAGUUUCAGACGCCCGAACAGGCCACUGAGCUGGUCCACCAACUCCAGGAGGACUACCACAAGCUCCUCACCAAGUAUGCGGAGGCCGAGAACACCAUCGACCAGCUGCGCCUUGGGGCCAAGGUGAACCUGUACUCAGACCCGCCCCAGCCCAGCCACAGCAUCCAGGUGGGGAUGAUGCCCCAGGGGACCAAGGCCUUGUCCUUCACCAUCCCCCAGCCCUGCUCUGUGGAGUGGUGGCCUGGUCCCUCUGAGAAGCCCCAGGCCCCGGGGGCUACAGGGUGGCCAUCAGCUCAAGGAUCCCUGAGCCCCUCCUUGCCUGCUAGCAAGCCUGCCUCAGGGUGGCUUCCCGAGAGCCAGGGCACCACCAAGGACCUGUCCUCCAUGGGGUGGACCCAGGCCCUGGCUUCCCAGACCAGUCGGUUCCUGGCCAAGGUGGAAUCCUUCGAGGGACUGGUGCAGGCGGGGCAGCUCACACCCCAGGACCAGCUYAAGGGCUUCCAGCAGCUGAAGGCCACCCAUGCGGCCCUGGAGGAGGAGUACCUGCGGGCCUGCAGGGAGCCACACCUGGCUUCGCCCCUGGCCAGCUCCAAGGGGACCACUGGGAAAUUCGAUCCUGCCAGGGAGCUGGAGGUGGAGAUCUACCACCUGGGCAUUCGCCUGGACGAGCUGAAGGGCCACAUGGACCACAUCCAGCGAGGGCCUGAGCUAGCGGGGUCCGACUCGGCUCUGGACACUUCCCCCGCCACGCACUUCCCCCACCCGCCAACGCACCCACCCCGUCCUUCUGGACAGCCCACAGGCACCUGCCCGCUGCAUGCGAAUUUGGAGGUGAGUCUUGGUGGCAGUGAGGUAGAGGACAGGCCUCCAGACUUCCCAGCCCUGCUCAAGCAUAAGGAACUGCAGGUGGAGCAGGAUUUCCACGGCCUCCUGGAGAGGUACCUCAGUGUGAAGUCCCUUCCUGAAGCCUUGAGGGUGGAGGAGGAGAGGGAGAGGGACGAGAAGGAGCAGGAGGAAGAGGAGGAGCGUCCUUGCACCCUGGAAGUCGACAGGCCAGCUCCAGCUCCAGGGAGGGCCGAAGCCACCAGGGCUGUCCCAAGGCAGUACCUGGUGCAGGUGGAGAGGAAUCACAGGGCCCCUCUGCAGGAGGCCGGAGAGCAGAUGGUACCCCGGAAACCACCCAGCUUCCAGACUUCCACAACCAGAGAUGGGCACACAUCGGGCCUGAGCAAGGCCAGAGCUGCUCCUCUGGGGCCUGCCGUGCCACCUGCCCAUGCGUACCACCAGAGCAGCCUCACCAGCCUGGAGGGAAGCGGCAUCUCCGAGCACCUGCCACAGAAGUCUUUGCGCCACGCUGGCCGGCCCCACCCAGAGGAGCCCUGGAUGGCAUCCCCAGAGACAGACAGUGGCUUCGUGGGCUCAGAAACCAGCAGAGUGUCACCCCUCAACCAGACCCCAGAGCACCGACUCACCCACAGCAGCAACCCAGGAACAGCCCAGCGCUUCACAGCCUCUGCACCCCGUGAUGGGCCCUCCCACCUCAAGGCCAGGGGUCCUCUGGUCCCCAGAAGAACCUCUGAGCCCAGCACACCCAGGAGCCGAGCCCAGAGGCACCCCUCCAGCCAGAGCUGUCCUCUCCAGCAGAGGAAGCCCAGCUCCCACCUGGACCGGGUGCUGGCCGCUGAAAUGGUGAGCCCUGGCUCAGAGUUUGAGGGGCGAAAGCGGACUUCUGAGCAGCUGCUCCCCAGCAAUACGACCAGCCUGCUCCCCACCCCAGCCCCUGCAGCUGCCCCUCUGCCCUGUGAAUCUCCAGAGACCACUCCCAACCUCAUCCUCUCCAGGACUGGGAGAGACCAGGCCAUCCGMGAGCUGCAGGCAGAAGUGUCCCGGCUCCGUCUGCAACUGGAGGACAGCCUGCACCGGCCACACCAGGGCAGCCAGGCGCACCCAAUGACUGCCUGUGACCACCCCGCCCAGACUCAGGACCGGCCAGCUGCUUCCUCAGCCACCUGGGGCUCCCACUGUGGCAGUAAAUCCACAGAGCGAUUGUCCGGGGAGCCUGAAGGUGCAGAGCAACUUGCAGGAAGACGGCGAGCCAGGUCCUCCUCAGUGCCUCGGGAGGUGCCCCGACUGUCCCUGAGUUUGGACUCUGAGCCACCCUCCCCUCAGCUGUCAUCUGGGAAGAACAGGAGCUCCGAAAAUGGUCCCCGGGCCACUCAGGAGGGAAUCAGAGGGACAGGCAGCAGCAGACGUCCCGACAGGGUCUCCUUCCGGGGCCAGUACACAGGCCAGGAGUACCACCUUCUGUCCCCCAAGACUGCCCCAAGAAGCAGUGACUCAGCCUCCUGUCCCCACAGUCAGCCCAUCAGAUCACAGGACACAGAAACCACUGCCACCAGGGAGCUGCAGGGACUGUCUGCCACUGAGGCCCUCCGAUGUCCCUUGUGUGGCCACGUCGAGUCCCCCCCAGAGGGAGAUGGCCCUGGCUCUGGGGCAGAAAAGGCCACCGCAAGGAAAAAUGUACCUGUGGCUUCCAGCCCCAAGCAGAGGAGCCAGCGGGUCCCCUCGCCCGCACGGCCGCCCCCUGGACUGUGGUACCUGGCAGCUGCGCCCUCAGCACCGGGACCCCCGGCCUUCACCUACGUCCCCUCGAUACCCAUCAUGCCUUAUCCGCCAGCCACUGUGUACUUCGCACCCACAGCGCCUACCUCAGUCCCCACAGCCUCCUUGCGGGGACACCGGCACUCCAUCCAGCUGGACCCCGAUGACCUGGAGGAGCUGCACUCGGCCCUGAACCAGGCGGUGCAGGCUGCGGAGGACGUGCGCUCCACCACCCGGAGGAUGACCCGCUCGCUGUCGGCCGACCUGCGCCAGGCCCACGGCCUGCGGGACUCCUGCCUCUUCUGAUUCCCUAGAGGCUCUGAGAUGGGGAGGAGCCGGGGCAAAGGGCAGGCAGGAGCCACUGAUGCCCAGGAAGCCCUGCGGCCCCUCCUCAGGGGACAAGGACCUGCCCUGCCCGGUACCUUCAGAUGGAGCAGCGUCAGCCUGGGAGGCGGAGUAGCUUCCCCGGGGACCAGCCCCGUCCACAGGUGCUGCAAGCAAGGCCACUGUACCCACACAGAGCCCUGGGACUCUCCUCCCCUGCUCUGUCCACCUCCAGCUAAUAACAUGUGUCUUAUGUCCAGAUGGCCAGGCGCUCUUCAUCCUGGGAGUCACCCUGGUCUUGGCCUCCUUACAAGGCCAGAUACGUUGGGAAAGGCCAGGCUGUCUGGAGCAGAGCUGUCCCCUGCCUGUGACCAGCCACCUCUGGGAAGGGCCUUGUCUGAGGCCUUGYUCCUGGCGACUGGGCAGUGGGGCAUUUGUGGACUCUGAGGCAUCUGAGCUCCUUGCUGGGCUGCAGAGGCCUCUCCCCCAGGCCUGCUGGGCUGAGGACACCUCCCAGAGCCCUGGGAAGCCACCCGCCAGUGGCUCUCUGCACCUCGCCCCAGGCCUGGGCCCUUCCUAGGAUCUCAGUGGCAUUGGACUGGUGACCAGCUCCCUGCCAGGCCCCAGCUGGGGCCCUGCAGCCGGGCUGUCGGCUCCCGCCCUGCAGCAGUGCCCUCGGGUUCUGGAAUGUGUGUGCGCGGCAGAUGUUUGUAUAUUUGAGGCAUUUAAAAGUCUAUUUUCG